AUGAUCCUUCCCCAGGUUGGGGCCAUCAUCUUCUCCGACGACGCAGUCCUUGGCGAGAAGAGUCGUUGGCAGUGCAACCACAGGAAGAGUCCUGAAAAUGUGUUCUUCCAAACCGAUUCGGACUUUGCUGGAUUCAGUGAUCCAGCAAGUUGGCUCAUUGACGACAAACCAUUGCUACACAUGAACAUGGUCCCAGGAGCAUUAGUGAGUUAG